AUUUUAGAAUUGAGUAUAAUCCGAACUCUUCAUCUUAAUGAUGAGCCAAAAUUUUAAUAAAUGAGUCGGCCCGAAUUCGACUCGACCCAACUCAUUGAUAAGCUGAACUUGACCUCGGCUUAUUUAUUAACGAGUCAAGCCGCCCGAAAUCAACUAGACUUAACUCAUUAACAACCCUAAACGUGACUACGGUGCUAACACCCCAAAGUUUACAGCAUUUGCUACUAGUUUUAAAUUAUUCUAAACUAAUCCUAACAACGUCAUUUGCACGAUUUCAAGUUAAAAUUAAACAGUUGACCUCAAUGAUAUUGCACGGGAACCCAAGACUAAUUGUGAAUCUUCUCACAUGCCCAAGUUGGAAAAGAGAAAACUGGCAAAACCCUUGGCAUCUACUACUGAACUCUGAUCUAUAUAUUUAAUUUAGUAGUCAUUUUGGGGGGUCAUUCCCUUCAUAAUCAUUCUACUACCUGAUUAUCAAGGUGCAACAACCACCACCAUGUUUCCAUUGAUGUUUCGGGUUUCGCUAAGCAAGAAGAAGCUUGCAGCUGCAUCUUCGAUUUGGUCACUCAGGGUAUCACUGUUACCACCAUCACACAAAACCAGCCAUCACCAUUAUCACGAUCAUCUUAAGAUCAGCCUGAGCUCCACGGAAACCAUCAAACCUUGUUCACCAACUCCCUCCCGGCUCGCCACCUUCAAGCUCUCGCUCAUGGACAACCACGCCCCGCCCCUCUACGUACCUUUCAUCUUCUUCUAUCCUCCAUCCGCUCCCACAAAACAACAAGACAGAUUCCACACCCUCAAGUCCUCACUCGCCCAGACCCUCACGCGCUUCUACCCGCUCGCCGGCAGGCUGUCCAGAUCCUCCGCCGCCGACGGUUCAUCAGUUCCCGUCGUCCAUUGCAACGACGAGGGAGUGCCGUUCUCUUCCGCAACCGUCGAUGAUGGUCAUGACGACUCGUCGUCCAUGGCCCGGUUUCUGGGGAAGCCACUGCAGCUCGACUCGCUCCAACAAUUCCUCCCUUUCCCCGCCGACUUCGUCUACUCGACUCGGGCGCUCGAGUCGGCGCCGCAGAUCGCCUUCAGGGCCACCGCUUUCCCUUGCGGCGGCCUCGCCAUCGGGGUCUGCCUGUUGCACAAGAUCGUCGACGCGGCAACUCUGGCCGAUUUCAUGAAGCUCUGGUCCGCCGUCGCCAGGAGCGAGGAGAAGACGGCGGCGGUCGGCGACACCGCGUACGCUCACAACCGCGCCGCCACGUCGCUACUGCCGGUUCGUCACGACGACGUUGCCGCGGCGGCGGAGGAUUUUGUGGACGGCAAACAAGAAGGGAAUAAGAUCCUGGCGAGGAGAUUCGUGUUCGAUGAAGAAGCGGUUUAUGCACUGAAAGCCAAAGCCAAGAGCAGCACGGUACCUAACCCUAGCCGGACGGAGGCAGUUGCUGGGUUUUUGUGGCAAUCCGUCAUGAGCGCAGCCGCCGCCAGAGCUGCUGCGUCGCCUGCCGGGCCAAAGCCCACAUCAGUUGUCUCGGUUGCAGCGAUGAUGGUGAAUCUCCGAUCUCGAAUGAAUGAGCCAUGGCCACAGUACUCCGUCGGCAACAUAAUUUGGGCUGUCCCGUCAUUAUACUGCAGCGAUCAACAACAACAAGAUAUUGUGGAUGAUGAACAACAAGAAACGAAAAUGCUGCAAGAACUGGUCGAAAAAUUGAGAGCAUCGGUUGCGAAACUGGACAAGGAGUUUAUGGAAAAGGUACAAGGUGGAGAUGGGAGACAAGAGUACAUGAGGAAUCUGGAAUCGGGAAUCGUGACAGAUGCUCUUAAGAAGGGGAGUGCGGUAGUGCCGUUCAUAAUAUCUUCCACGAUUGGACUGAGACUGUAUGAUGUCGAUUUUGGGUGGGGGAGGCCUGCUUGGGUCUCCCUGGCUCAGUUCGUCAAUCCCACCACAAACAUGGUGGCGUUGCUGGAGUCCCCAGCUGGAUAUGGGGUGGAAGUUUGGCUCACCUUGCAUGAAAAGGAAAUGACCAUGUUGGAACAAGAAUCUGGAUUCGUUUCUUAUGCUAAGAAUAAUAACCCUGUACUUUGAGACUUGUUUAAUUUGUACCAACUGUUACGACGACUUGGAGUCGGAUUGUCUCCUCAAACAUAGCGAAAUUAGUCAAUAGAUAACUCACAUCGUAUCAGUGAACAACGUAAAUCUUUAUAUUCUUUAUUUUUGUUCACUUUUUUUAUCAGUCAUGACAUAAUUAAUAAGUGAAAGCGAAUAUGUUCGCUAUGAAUUAAAAUUAAGUAGUGGAAAUGAAGACAAAACCAAUGC